GUGAUAGACUGCUCCAGUGGUCAAUAGACCUUCUUCGGGUUGUGGCUACUAGAUUGAAAAAGGACCUUGUCCAGGCCUCAACAGUGGAGACUGCCUGAGCAGUUAGCCGUGGUCCUUAAUUGUUGGUUUUUCAGCUUCUCCCUAAGUGAUCAGAAACUGCUCAGCUUCUCCCUAAGUGGUCCUUACUCGUUGUACAUGAUCUCUUUUCAACUUUAUAUGAAAUUCAUCUUACUUACCGAAAAAAAAAACUGCUCAAGCUGCAAGGCUAAGGACCAUCCAGCAGUUCCUACUGGGUUUUAGGCCCAAAAUAAAGAAAAAACUAGCAUUAUUGAGUACCAGAGACUGUUACUUGACAAGGGUCCAUACUAUGACUCUUAUAGUGAGUUUCAAAAAGCUUUUUCUUUGAGUAUACCGGAGUCAUGCUACGGAUUAAAACCUAAAUCCUAUUGUAAUCACCUAUGUUAAACCAAUCUAGUCAACUGGGUAUCUAGGUCAUUUACCUUUACCUAAGCUCGAAGGAUUCCAAGAAGCCGUUAAAUGUAGCUUGGUAAUUACAUGUGACCUCAUGGAAUUAAUCAAUCACAAUCAAUUUCCUAACAAUCUAGAGCUCACCAAUUGGCCCGUUGCACAUGGGCUGGCCCUGCAUUUGGGAGGCUAUUGAGCCAUGGUCCGGCCAGCGGCUGCUAGGCCUGGUAGGGUCAUGGGUGGGAGUUUGUUUCCUGACGAAUUAUUUCUUCUUGGUUUGGAUAAAUACGGGAAAGGUGACUGGCGAAGUAUAUCACGUAAUUUUGUGGUAACGAGAACGCCUACACAAGUGGCUAGUCAUGCACAGAAGUACUUCAUUCGUUUGAACUCUAUGAACAAAGAUAGGAGGCGAACAAGCAUUCAUGAUAUCACUAGUGUCAACAAUGGAGGAGAGGUUUCGGAUCCACAAGGACCAAUCACUGGUCAAACAAAUGGUUUUGCAGGAGGUUCAUCCGGCAAAUCAAACAAACAGCCUCCUCAAGCGCCAGCUACUCCCCCUGGAGUUGGCAUGUAUGGUUCACCGACUAUAGGGCAAUCAAUAGGAGGGCCCCUUGUUUCAGCAGUUGGCAUGCCUGUGAAUCUUCCUCCACAAGCACACAUGGCAUAUGGUGUUAGAGCCCCAGUUCCCGGACAAGUUGUUCCUGGUUCCCCGAUGAACAUAGAUCCCUUGACAUAUCCAAUGCCUCGCACAUCUGCCGACAGGUAA